AUGAUUAAUGAAACCUUAAUAAAUCAAGGUCCUCAACAUCUCUACGAUUAUUUUCCAACAAGUAUCUCAUGUCCUUAAGUAGAAAUAAAAGAAGAUGAAUCACCUAUUAGAUAGCCUUAUAUAAGUUCCCUUUGCUUUUAACUUAGAAAGUACUAAAAAUAGAAAUUAUUACUUAGAAAAAUCAAACGAAAAAAGAAUCGUCCAAGUCUAUUGAAAAUAGAAGAUAGUGGAAGAAAUGUAAAAUUAUAUUCGUGCUCAGUUUUUUCUAAUAAUACAGAGAAACCUGAUAUUGAUACUUAAUGA